CAGGGAUUUCAAUGCCUCCGUUCGUCUCUGCUCUCGUUUUGUGUUGGGGGGAUGGGGUCGUGCAGAGGAUGAGAGACUCCAAUAUUUACCACUUGGCUAACUAAACUUCUUUAUCUUCACCUUAGUUUGUUGGAAAUACCCAAGUCUGUAGGUUCUGUGUGAGGUUAGGCGGAGGUUGGUCUUCUAAAAGUGGAGUACCGGUCGUCCACCAUACGCUCAAAAAGUCGACAAAAUGUAUUCAGCUGGAGGUGCUGAGGUUAUGGAGAGGCCACAUUCUUCUGGGUCCAUAAGCUCUGAACCCCCGUCCUCCCCGGUACCCGAGUAUGUGUUCAAGCCUCCGUCACGACCGGACUUUGGCACCAUGGGUCGAACAAUAAAGCUUCAGGCUAACUUCUUUGAGAUGGAAAUCCCUAAAUUGGAGGUUUAUCACUAUGACAUCGACAUCAAGCCUGAGAAAUGCCCCCGGAGGGUAAAUCGUGAAAUCGUGGAGCACAUGGUCCAGCACUUUAAGGCUCAGAUCUUUGGUGAUCGGAAGCCCGUGUACGAUGGGAGGAAGAACCUCUACACUGCCAUGCCUUUGCCAAUAGGCAGAGACAAAGUGGAGCUCGAGGUGACGAUUCCAGGUGAAGGCAAAGACCGCAGCUUCAAAGUGUCCAUCAAGUGGGUGUCGUGUGUCAGUUUGCAGGCUCUGCACGAGGCACUGUCCGGGCGGCUUCCCAGCGUUCCCUUUGAAACCAUUCAAGCCUUGGAUGUGGUCAUGAGACAUUUGCCCUCCAUGAGGUACACCCCCGUGGGGCGCUCUUUCUUUACCCCCUCAGAGGGAUGCUCAAACCCUCUGGGUGGUGGCAGAGAGGUGUGGUUUGGUUUCCACCAGUCCGUCAGACCUUCUCUCUGGAAAAUGAUGCUCAACAUUGAUGUUUCAGCCACUGCUUUCUACAAAGCUCAGCCUGUGAUUGAGUUCAUGUGUGAGGUGUUGGAUUUCAAAAGCAUCGAAGAACAACAGAAGCCUUUAACAGACUCUCAGCGUGUGAAGUUUACUAAAGAAAUCAAAGGCCUGAAGGUUGAGAUUACUCACUGUGGACAAAUGAAAAGAAAGUACAGAGUCUGCAACGUGACCCGAAGACCUGCCAGCCAUCAAACGUUCCCCUUACAGCAGGAGAAUGGCCAAACUAUUGAAUGCACAGUAGCACAGUACUUUAAAGACAAGUACAAGCUCCACCUGCGAUACCCCCAUCUCCCGUGUUUACAGGUGGGACAGGAGCAGAAGCACACCUACCUCCCUCUCGAGGUGUGUAACAUAGUGGCGGGACAGCGCUGCAUCAAGAAGCUGACUGACAAUCAGACCUCCACGAUGAUCCGAGCCACGGCCCGAUCAGCGCCGGACCGUCAGGAAGAGAUCAGUAAGCUGAUGAGGAGCGCCAACUUCAACACGGACCCGUACGUCCGUGAGUUCGGGGUGAUGGUGAGGGAUGAGAUGACGGAGGUAAAUGGCCGCGUCCUGCAAGCACCUUCGAUCCUCUACGGAGGCAGGGUAGGUUGGUGGAUGCCCUCGCGUGUUCCACGUUGCAGCUCUCACACAGUGACGAGCAUUAAUGGGGUGCUGGUGUUGCAGAACAAAGCGAUAGCCACGCCCAUCCAGGGCGUGUGGGACAUGAGGAACAAGCAGUUCCACACCGGCAUUGAGAUCAAAGUCUGGGCCAUCGCCUGCUUCGCUCCACAGAGACAGUGCACCGAGCUGCUGCUGAAAGCGUUCACUGACCAGCUGAGGAAGAUCUCCCGUGAUGCUGGGAUGCCCAUUCAGGGUCAGCCAUGCUUCUGUAAGUACGCCCAAGGAGCCGACAGCGUGGAGCCAAUGUUCAGGCACCUGAAGUACACCUACCAGGGCCUGCAGCUGGUGGUGGUCAUCCUUCCUGGGAAGACACCAGUCUACGCUGAGGUGAAGCGCGUUGGCGACACGGUGCUUGGAAUGGCCACACAAUGUGUCCAGGUGAAGAACGUACAGAAGACAACACCCCAGACUCUCUCCAACCUCUGUCUGAAGAUUAACGUCAAGCUGGGUGGUGUCAACAACAUCCUGCUCCCCCAGGGCAGGCCGUUGGUGUUCCAGCAGCCGGUCAUCUUCCUCGGCUCAGAUGUGACUCAUCCACCUGCAGGAGAUGGAAAGAAGCCUUCCAUCGCUGCUGUGGUUGGUAGUAUGGAUGCCCAUCCCAGUCGAUACUGUGCCACCGUGCGGGUGCAGCAGCACCGUCAGGAUAUCAUCCAGGACCUGGCCAACAUGGUGCGGGAGCUGCUUAUCCAGUUUUACAAGUCCACCCGCUUCAAGCCCACCAGAAUCAUCUACUAUCGAGACGGCAUCUCUGAGGGCCAGUUUAGCCAGGUUCUUCAGCAUGAGCUGCUGGCAAUCCGCGAGGCCUGCAUCAAAUUAGAGAAGGAUUACCAGCCUGGGAUUACCUUUGUGGUGGUGCAGAAGAGACACCACACACGACUCUUCUGUGUGGACAGGAACGAGCGGGUUGGAAAGAGUGGCAACAUUCCGGCAGGCACCACAGUGGACACCAAAAUCACCCACCCCUCAGAGUUUGACUUCUACCUUUGCAGUCAUGCUGGCAUUCAGGGAACCAGCAGACCGUCUCACUACCAUGUGCUCUGGGACGACAACCACUUCUCAUCAGACGAGCUGCAGGUUCUCACCUACCAGCUUUGCCAUACCUAUGUGCGCUGCACCCGGUCCGUUUCCAUCCCAGCGCCAGCCUACUACGCCCAUUUAGUGGCUUUCCGGGCCCGCUACCACUUGGUGGACAAAGAGCACGACAGUGCGGAGGGCAGUCACACAUCAGGCCAGAGCAAUGGGCGGGACCACCAAGCCCUGGCGAAGGCGGUCCAGAUCCACCAGGACACCCUGCGCACCAUGUACUUUGCUUGAGCGCCGCCCCCCGGCUGGCGUGGGUGAGACCCGACUGUCACCGUGGUCACACACCCCCGAACACACCCAGCAGCGCACGAGUCUACAAUUGUACUGCAGCCCCUAAACCCAGCAUAAUGAAGCCAUUUAUUAGACUUAAAUGGGUGAAUUCAGCUGAGCCAGCUUUGGUUUUACUUUUUGUCUUCUAGUCUCCGUUUUCAGUCGUGUUGGCAAAUGUGUUAAUUAUGAAAAUAAUUUGUUAAAUUUGCACACUGAAAAAAAAACCCUUCACUUUUAAGAUGGUGGGCGGUGGGAUUUGGAAGAAGCUGUAGUUUUAUUUUGCCGCGGUCCUGGUGCUUACGGAGAGGAGACCAUUUUCUACCCAAUAACUUAGUCCUCGACAAACAUCAGCCAAUGAACGUGCACUGACCAGGAUGGGUACCUCAAUAGGGACACAAGUACUUGACCUCAUCCUUUUUUUUUUUUUUACUUUACCAGUGGUCAUGAUGAGCUGAUGAGUGUGCCAUUUGGGACCAUUUUUCUUUUCUAUUCAGAUGAUCGACCCUCUUCUGGGUUUUCAGUGUUGGUCCUCGAUGCCAAACCCUGGAGGAGGAGUUUAAUCGGACCUGUUCAUUCUCUGAACAGCAUGUAGUUUAUUGGAUGACGACUUUUAAUGUGUCGAGACUGAAAGAGCAGCAGCGUGGAUCCCUCUGUCCCAGUUAUUAGUCUGAUCCAUGAAAAGGUGGCGUCACUGGGACUGGAACCCAACGGCGACACCGUUGUUGUUCAUGUAUUCUGAGCCACGUCGAUAAAGAGUUAGGAACCAGUAAAGACGUGAUGAAAUCUUUUAGUUUUUUUUAAACAUAACUCUUGGAUGAAUAUGCAUGUAGCUUUAGACGCCUAGUUUUUACGUAACUGUUCCUGAACACACCUCGGCCCCGCUUUAUUUUUUAUUGUACAUAUUAGCCGAAGAGCGGGGUGUUUGUGCGGCUUCUCCGCGCCGUCGAGUCGGGCUGCAGCAUUUUACGUGAGAACUGAUCAGGAGUCAGUCUUUAAUGUAGAUUCGUGCUUCAGAAGGGAGAGCAGUGGCACAAGAGCUUAGGAGGUUGGUGCAGCUUGAUUCAGUCGGUCUUUUUUACAAAUCCGUAAUGUUGCUAAAACAUAAAAAGUCUAUUUUGAAUAAGCUUUUGACGGAGACUGCUGAGAACGUUUUUAAAACUGGCCCAGAUCUGUCUAAAUUACCCGUUUGUAUACACGUUUUCAUGCCUUCUAGUGGAAUUAAAACCUCCCGCUUUCGUUUUACUGCUCAGUUAAGCUGGUGAAUGUUGGAGUGUUUUUUCUAACUAUGCAUCGUUUUUACCUGUGGGGCGUCCCGCUUGAAUUUGGACUCUAGAGGUAGACAAUCAGGGCUGUUUGUCUCUUUUAGCAUCAUUUCUUAGAGCUUAUAAGCAUUUUUAUGAAUUUCUAGGAUGAAGUAUUUAUGUGGUCGUUUGUAGACUUUUCUAGCCUAACGUGGGCGUGUCCUUUCUAACAUACAGUCUUUCUCGGCCAAACAAGAUUACAAACUUUUAGGUAAACGUUAUGGAAACCUAAAGAAGCACAAAAGGACGUGUUGAUUCUAGGUGCUAGAUGUUUUCACUGUAAAUCACCUGAAAUCCUCGUGGGACCUGUCCACGUGUUUGUGUUUUGUUUUUUAAAAAAAGAUGCUUCGUUGUUUUGAGGCUCUCCCUUUGAUGACCUCAUUUCCUGUAAAGCAAAUCCGACUGACUGUGUUUGUGGGGCAUUCUUAAAAAAAAAGAGAAAAAAAAAAAGAGCAAAUGGUGUACUUGAUAUUUACUGUUAUGAUGUCAAUAUUGUUGUUAUCGGUGCUGGUCUCACAACGUGUAAAUUCUGGGAUGCACUUUUCCUCGCAGACGAUGGGUUUGACUUCUACGCGCGUGUCGGCCGUGGUGCGACACCGGUGUAAUUGCAUGGAAAUGGCCGUGUGUUCUACCUCCUGUUACCUGUUUUAAGUGUUAUGGUAACAUCACACUGCGGGCCAUUUCUGUAUAAUUGCCCCCGCCUCCUUAUCUAAUCGACAUCGCUGGAGUCUCGCAGCAGAAGUUUUGAAUGCUUGGCAUGGACGAUGCGUUUUUAUCUGUUUCUGUAGUUGCAUUUUAUUAGUUUCGUAGUUUAACGUCACCGAAGAGCUGUUUUUCCUUUUUUUUUUUAUUUAGAUUUGUGUGUUUUUAAGCUGUACGACCAAAUUCUUCUACUGUGUUUGUACCGACCGCACAGCUUUCCCUGCGUCUUGUCCUCUAUGCACCACUCGUAUCGACACUUUUAUUGGUUUGCCAGUGGAGCUGUCCAACAGCAGGUGCAAAGUUCUCUCAGUGGUGCUGUCUGUCACACACCAGACAUCAUAUCUGAUCAUCUUUAAAAGAGACCUUUUGUUUGUUUGGAUGGUUUCCCAUGCAGAGGCGUGUUGCAUGGAUAGGUUAGGAACGGAUUGAUGUGCUAACGGCUAGUCACACGGAGCCAAAAGGACUCAAAUCAGACCCAACUGUGUGAUGUUUCUGACAGAAUAAACAUGCAAGUGUGAAACUGGUGGGUUUUUUUAAAGGUUUGUUGUGAAAUGUUGAGGUCCAGGUGAGGUAGAAGUGAGCCGUUCCCUCCACAGCUGCUGGGAUAUUAACCGUUCCUAACCUUUCCACUAAAAACCUGAACUAUCCCUUUAAACUGGAAGCUGGAGCUCACACACAAACAUUUAGCUUGAGCUGGUUUUUGGAUUUGUUGUUGCCGCUCAUUACCCACACCCGCACCUUAUCACCACGUCAGAACGGCAUUGCUUUUUCCUGGACAUGAAACUCCGAUUAUCCUUCUGAACAAGUUACUUUGCACUAAAUAAACAAGAAUAAAACUUUGUAGAAUAUAUAUUUAUCAAGUGGACAAAACUUGCGUCACUUCUUUAACUUUUUUUUUUCCUCCCUCCUUUGGUGACCGAGGCUCUUUACAGAUGGUGUGUGUGUGUGUCAUUCAUAUAGAAAAACACUUGGCAGGUGUGUGCAGUUGCUGGAUAGUACAGGUGUGGGGAUCCUUUCUGCUGAAUGCCAAAACCUUUAACUCUGACCCGGGAUCAGACCAGACGCCACCCGAAACUCCUCACAGGCCUGUUUCUUUGCGCUGAAGCGAGAAUGUAAAGCAGCAGAAGUCUUCUCGUGGACGAUCGUGGUGCUCUUAUAGGUGAAAGGUUGCACGCGGUGCUGUUGAAAUGCAUUCGGACAACUUCUGGGUAAACCUGGAGGUUUAGUCCAAGUGUGUGUGAAAACACACACCAGAACCAGAGUUAUAACCUAAAAAUAUCGUAAAUAUUUUAUGAAAUAAAAUCUUGUGUUUGGUUAAAAUUCUUAAAUGAACCUGCUAGAAUUAUAAAUUUGAACAAAGAUCUGAAUCCAAAUUUGACCUUCGGCUGCUCUUUGACUGACCCUAACCUAACCUGCUAGUUUACACACGAGUCGCUGAUGAAUGUAGCGAGCGUGUGGGUUGGAGCAACAUAAAGGCCAGUUGAUCAUAGAUAUUUGUUUUUAUUUACAUUGUUUACCACUUAUUUGAUGUAGACGGUGCAGCCAACAUGGUGGAUCUUCUCCCUGACUGGUGCAGGAUACUUCCUGCUCUGGUGUGAUGCUUGUGUAAUGCAAGAGUUGUGCGUGUUCAUCUGUAAAGGGUUUGCAGCGCGCGUCUGCGUGUGUGUGUGUGUGUGUGUGUGUGUGUGUGUGUGUGUGUGUGUGAUCUGUUGGAUUUUAUUUCUGCCUGCUUGUGCUUCUGAACUGCCUCCGUCACAGGCGUGUAGCAUUUGAGCGAUGUUAACUGGUCGUUACACGGAUACGACUUUUACUGUUUUUAUUUUUAUUUUUUCCCCUUUUCAGAUUUCUGCUGAGUCGUAGCGUCGUCCUCGUGAGCUUGUGUUGGCAUCACGAGUGUCGAUCAGAAUGUUCGGAUUAAGCCAGGAUCGGAGCUCGUACGCCUCGCCUCCACUAGGGGGAGCUGUUCAGUUAUUUCUGUGUGCUCGACAAUAAACACUUGCUUAUCGUUUCUGUGUAAAUUUAUAAUAUUUAGAACAUUGGUUCAGAAAUCAGACGGGCAACCUUAAAACUGCUCCAGUCUAGAGAAGCUGUCAACGUUACAGCUACAGUUACCACCACCGCCGCCAGUCCUGGUGCUCCUCGCUGAAACUGACAGCUGUUUAGAUCUUUAGCUGGAAUGGGAGUGUGCUUGGAUCCGAGUGUUAAGGUGGCACCAGCCUGCUUUAGACGUGGUCGUUCAAAUGAACCCAACCCCAAACAUCGGUGCUUUCUUGAAAUCUCGCGUUAAGUCGUACAAAUAAAAUUUCUAAACCUUUCAUCUGCUGUCAGACCUUCAGUAAACUCAGCUGUAUUGGAGCCCCUUAUGCACCAUGCUGGUGCUGAUGUUUUUGUUUGUAUACAACCAGAAAACCAGUUAAAAACCAUUAGAACUGGUUGCAUGAUCUUUGGUGCUGGAGCGGUUUGAAGGUGGAAGCUCCACUCCUGCCUGGUUGUGAGCAGCUGUUGGAUACACUCCUACAGCAGCUAUGGUGGUUUCACACAGAAACACCUACAACUGCACUUCCUCUUUGGGAGGUGAAGUACCUUAAAGCCAUCAUCAGGUCUCACCAUCGUGUUUUAGACAUUCACGGUCCCAUUGGUUUCCCUGUUAGGCCUCUGGUGACUUCAAACCUGCACACGUUUGGGGUAAAUCUUUAUCAGACCAGUGCCCUCUACUCCUCUAAUGCUGGACCCGAGUGGGCGUUUCUGGCCCUUUAAAGACUUUUCUUUACUAAAUCUGAGAACUACCUCGGAGCAGCGUCUGGUGCUAGUCGAUAGGAUCCCACGUGGAUGAGAAAUCUAGAGACCAAACCAGUUCCAGCCAAUCGUUGUGUUUUACAGUUUUUUUUUUUUUAGAGUGGACCAAAUCUAAAACCACGUGAAAUCACUCAGACCCAACCCUUAAGAUCUGACCUGUCUUACUCCUUUCUUUGGUUUGUGAGGUCUGAAGUGGCAGCAAGGCUUUGGAUGAUCGGUACCAGUGUGUGGUUUUCAUUUCUACAGUUUCAGCCCAGAACUGCAAUAAACUCUAUCGUUUCGCUCAGCAUUUUAAGGGAAAUGGCGGCGUGUGAAAGCAUUCGACUAGAGGUACAAAUGAGCCCUUCUCUCCACAUCUCAAACGUCCUGCAUGUCCACAGGUUUUGUCUGUGUGCCUUCGGUCCAGUUUGGUUUUCUUUUUCCACCAUUAAAGGUUUGACAGGAUCUGCUGCGUGAAGAGUCACCUCUGUGUUUAUGAAACGUACAGAUGCUGCAUGAACGAUCAGUAUUCGUGUUUGCACUUUCAGAGAGACCACGGUGAGACGGCCCGGCCGAGGCGUCGGGCUCGGGGUAGAAAAGGAAAAAACUGACGAGGUAUUUUAUGCUAUCUAUAGGAACACUUUGAGAAGCUUUUUCUAAAAAGGUUGUUUUAUCUCUAUCUAUAUAUCUAAAUAUAAUUCAUGAAGUACCUCAUAAGCCUGAUAUAUGCUGCAUUGAUUUUUUUUAUUUUUCCUCUUUAGUGUACUUCAUAUUGUCCGUAACAUUUGGGGUCUUAUCCCAGCUUUUGGGGAGGUUUGAACAGCACGACGGGCUGCACGCGCCUCCACCAGCUCAUCCAACAGUUUCACAUUUUAGUGGCCAAAUAAAACAUCUCAUCAAUGCAACUAAACCUCCAAAUAUUCCUCAACUCAGCACGUGUCGUUUGUGUUGGCCUAAAGAUGAUGGAGGGGAGUUGAACCAAGCGUUAAAAUCUCAGGUAUGGCUGUGAAAGGGCUUUAUCUGCCCCCCCCAAACUCUCAUGCCCUUGUCUUAAAUUAUCUUUAGAGCCACUCGUGAGGUUUCCAUUUGGCCUUAAAAGUUGAGGAAAUUAUGCACUACAUUUCCACACAGCUUGACUCCCGAACACCGGUGUUUCUGUUAUCUACCUCCCGUGAAUGUAGUCUUUCCUGGAGCUUCAGCCGACUGCAAAGCGUUUCUUCCACCAUUUAAGGGAGAAACGAUAUUUUCUAACCAAUAAUCGAAACGCUCUCAUUUUCAUCUAGUUCCUUUUUUUGUUACGACGAAAUGAGCAAAGCGACCAAAGUCCUUUGGUGCAGGCAGCCCAGAAAAAGCCGUGUGGAUUCAAACCUCCCUUUAUUUUCUUUUUUGUCCCUUUUUAUUUAAAACCACAACAUGCCAAAACUGAGUUUGCUGUUCUUGUGAGGGUCUUCUUGUUGCUGAAAUCAUUUGUUAACCCCAUGCUAAGCUCCUUUGAUUUCGAAGUCAUUUUCCUGUUCAUUUUGAGGUAAACAUUAUGCUUACAGAACACAAACAUGCUGUAAACCCUGUUAGGACAAAAAUGUGAAAAUGUAUCACUCAAUAUAGUUCACUCUUUGGCUUGACUGUAAGUUGCGUUAAUAAAAUUGUUAAAAACA